GUGUCUUUAUAAACAGUAUGUUGUUUGUGUACGUGUCAACUUUUUCUAUCAAUAUUAAAUGUAUGUUAUUAUUUGUACGGAUCACCUAGUGGUAAGCAAUUGGCGUUGUCCAUGGACACCUGGAACACCAGGGCGUUACAAGUACGUUACCGGCCUUUUGAGAAUUGGGAAUUUGAGGAUUGUGGAGGAUUCGGGGAUUGGGGAGACUGGGGAUGGGGGUAAUUGGGCCUCCGGUAACCUCAGUUGCACGACGAAACACAACUCAAGUGUUGCUUCACGUCUGUUUUCUGUGAGGCCGUGGUAUCACUCCUGUCGAGCCCGCCCAUUCGUGCCGAAGCAUAUCUCUCAGACUUAA